GCUCAUAGAAGCAGCUCGCACGCAGAGAUGCUCAUGACUGGCUGACUGACUCACUGCCCAUUCUUUGGCAAGGGCACAACAUCACCUCUUGAGGUUCCACGGCAGAGAUGGAUAUUUCCGAACUAGACCAGGAUGUGAUUGUACAGCAGAGCUCGGCAGGCCUCAUUGCAGACUUUGACCGCUCCCUCGGCCCAUUCCUCCGCAAGCCGAAUGGUCACCUGCGAACCCGGGUCAGAGUGCGUGAGGUGGCCCGUUUGACAUCACAGAUCCUUGAACCAUUUCAAGAGUUACCACAGCUGCUCGACUCUCAUCUGCCGCGAUGGCUGCCUGCUCUCUCAGAGGCAUACCUCGCAUGCCUGUCCACCCGCCAGAGGUCUCGCUCGCUGUCUGCACGAUCCCAGUGGCUGACCCCCCUCCCGGAUGCAAUCUGCAAAGUCCUCUACACCUUUUGCAAGAUCCGAGGGGACAAGGUCAUCGUCAGGUUUCUCAAUGUCGAAACUAGGUAUCUCGAACUUCUGCUGCAUUCUCUUGAGCAGGCCGAGCGACAAACCGCCGUCCCUGCUCAAGAUGGAGAGUCACAACCUCCGAAUGGGGCACAAUGGUCAUGGCACGAGAGAUACAUCGUCUUGCUGUGGCUAUCGCAGCUGUUCUUCGCCCCUUUUGAUCUCUCGACCAUCUCUACUGGGGAUGCCGAUGAUGUGGAGCAGCCUACCAUUUCAGGCUUCGCGUGGCCCGACAGUGUUCCAGGCAUCACUUUAAGGGUCAUCCCUCUCGCAAUUCAAUUCUUGUCCUGCCCCGGCAAGGAGAGAGAUGGUGCAAAGGCACUUCUCGUGCGCCUAGCCAUGCGAAGAGACAUGCAGGAAGCGAGAAUACUCAAUGCUCUCAUCCACUGGAGUCUCCACACACUCAAGACCGCAAGCGAUCCGACUUCAAGGUCACCGUAUUACUACAUUGGGAGUCUCAGCUUCAUUGCUGGCGUUCUCAGAUCGUCGAUGGAUACGUCCAUCAUGGACUCCCACCUCUCCGAGAUCUUUUAUGCCAUAGAGGCCAUCGCAUCGAGCGAUGACGAAAUUUCGACUUUCAUCAAAGGCUCUGCGUUGGCACGGAAGAUGAUGAUCAAGGUGAUUCGUUCAACGGCUACGCUGGUACUACGAAAGCAAGAUCAGUCCAUGAGCGAAUCUGAGUUGAUCGAGACGUCGAUAGGAUUUCUGCUGGAACGACUGGCGGAUAAUGACACACCUGUCAGGCUGGCUGCUUCCAAAGCCCUUAGUGUCAUCACUCUGAAGUUGGAAGCCGACAUGGCGUCGCAAGUGGUCUCAGCUGUAUUGGAGAGCCUCAAUCGCAACGUACUCUGGCUACCCAGCAAGAUCAACUCAGCGACUGCUCCGCCCAAUCGGGAUCUCACGGCUGUUGACCCCCUCGAAUGGCAUGGGCUAAUGCUCACGCUAGCGCAUCUGUUGUAUAGACGAUCUCCACCGACCGAGGAUCUGUCUGACAUUGUACAUGCCCUGUUAAUGGGUUUGACGUUUGAGAAAAGAAGUCCAUCGGGCAGCCUGAUCGGCAGCAACGUCAGAGAUGCCGCUUGCUUCGGGAUAUGGGCUUUGGCUCGCCGUUACUCUACCGCGGAACUUCUGCAAGUGCCCAAGCACUCUGUCCAGAUUGCAAGGGGCCACGAUGCCUCAGUUUCCAUCCUUCAGGUUAUAGCAACCGAGCUCGUGGUCACGGCAUCCCUUGAUCCAGCGGGCAACAUCCGGCGCGGUUCCUCGGCAGCUUUGCAGGAGUUGAUCGGCCGCCAUCCCGACACAGUCGACCACGGAAUAGCUGUCGUUCAGACAGUCGACUAUCAUGCUGUUGCACUACGGUCUCGAGCCAUCAAUGCAGUUGCAUUACAAGCCACUCAGCUAUCCCUCCACUAUGGUCGGGCUCUGCUUAAUGCCACUCUGGGCUGGCGGGGCAUAGGCGAUCUUGAUGCUGACGCGCGGCGAGUGGCUGCUCAAUCGUUUGGGAACUUGACGGCCGAGCUUGCGCGAGCUGAUCCAACGGCGACCGUGCUGACCUUUCAAAGUUCAAUUGAACUGCUCAUCAGCCAUCUGAAGUCGUUGCAGACCCGGCAGGUCGAAGAACGGCAUGGCUUGCUUUUGAGCUUGGCAGCAGUCAUAGAUGCCCUGCUGGUCAUUCUGAAGCAAGAGGCACAGAACAGUACCAAUGGCAUCAUAAGCUUGCCCUUCGUUGAUCUCCCCGAAGCUCUGAUAUCGAUCUGGUCGAAUUCUGCCACCGUCAAAUAUCGCAAGCCAGAGCUCAUAGCGGAAGCUGCAAGUCAGCUGUUCGUAUCGGCAGCUCCAUUACUGGUUCUGCUGGGCAAAUCGCCGGAUCAACUCAACUCAUACUUGAAAUCUGACCGUUUAAAAGCAUCAGAAGUGGCCAGAGAGGCUACUGCGUCCACACUGCAUGAUAUGACACUGAAGCUGGAAUUUGCGGUCGAUACAUGGUUGGAGAAAGAUGGAGACGACGUGACGAUACCAGCAUCAACCGCAGCACUUUGGUUGCUCGCUGUAUCCUCAUCGGAGCGCCGUCCUCACAUUACCUCAACCUGGUGUGAUGUUAUAAGCCGUCCCCUGAGUGGGCAGAACUUCUACCAUAACGGCCACUUCCGCGCACUAGUACGCGCGUAUGAGAUUCAAUCUGUAGGCAUCGACGUUUGCCAAGUGUUAACCAACCGUUGGAAGAUCGAGCCAUCUGUUGAACUCAGAGUAGCCAUCCUGCAGAGCUUGCUUGAAAGGCAGAUCCUCCAAGAAAACCCUGAUGCUUUCUUGACGUUGAUUGCAGAAGGACUGGAUGACUACCACACCAACGCUCGAGGUGACGUCGGAUCUCAUGUGAGACUGGAAGCAAUCAAGGCUACCAAGACCGUGUGGGCUACCAGGCAGGUCAGCCAAGAGUUUAUGUCGGCCAUCUUCCCGCGCAUUCUGAAACUCGCCGCGGAGAAGCUUGAUCGGGUACGCCUAGAGGCGCAAGCGGCACUGGCCAUGGUAUUGCCAGAAAGUUCUGCAAGCGCGAUCCGACACAUGUCUUUCGCGUCCAAAGAGUACUUCACGCUACUUUUCAGCCUCUGUGACACCACGCAGCUCGAUCAACAGAUAUGCGGCGAGUGGCACGCCGAGCCCGCCGACAUGAUCGCCAGCCUUCUUGCAGGCCUCGUGACGUCUGCCGACACAGGUAACGAGGACCUCGUGGUGGUAAGUCGCGCUGCCCUUGCUUUCUUCUGCGAGGAAAGCCCUUCCGGGAGUAAGUCAAACGGCAGCAAUCCAGCUGGAGGCCACAACGAUGACGACGUCUCGCGGCUUCGUAGCAAUCUAACCCUUGUGGCCGAUGCUCUCAUCAACAACCUCAGGCGGUACAUUCUCGAGAACCAGGAUCGUGUCGUGCUCCCCACGCUCGAAGUCAUAGCUUACCUGUUUCACAUUGGGAUUUUCCCGGGUUUUGACCAACACCAACCGCAGAAGAGCCAACAACAAUUAGGCGGACCGGGACAAGCCGCAGCAGUUGCUACAGAAGAUCCAAUCAACCUCAAGAGACUUUGUCUGCUCGUGCAGAAAGCCGGCUACAAGACCGGCAGCGUGCGCAAGCUCGAAGCCUGCAUCAGAGUCUACGGCGAGAUUGCCCGACUCGGUGCUAGCAAUGGGGGGAAGGACGACGCCGCCUCGCCCGUCAUGGCUGUACAGCUGCAAAAGAGGUGCGAGGGCAUCGCCGAGGCAAAGAAGCGCCUGGCGGCGUUGCUGGUGCACCCGUGGCCGAGGGUGCGCAGCGCAGUGGUGGACGAGCUCUGGGUCAUGUUUCUAUGCGAGGGACCGCAGCAGCAAGAGCAAGGCCAGAAGCAGCAGUAUUUGGCAGGGAUUGACUGGAGCAAGGCCGACAGGGCCAAGAUCCGUAACCUAGUGGAAAACCUGGGGCUUGAGCAGCCUAUGCAGCAGCAGCCGCAGACGCUCCCAGUUUGAGCUGGCGUACUGGCCGGCUAGGUCCAUGUAGGAUGGGGGAUAAAGCUCCAUGAUAUCAACCAGUAUGCUCCUAAAAAAAGAGCGGCAAUUGAAGAAU